CUAAAUCCAGCACACGUCGGACCAUUCAGCCCUGGAGUUCGAGGAUCGGGCGUUCCUAGCUUUCCAUGCACACAAAUUCAUAUCAUCGCUCGCUGCUGAUGGACUCCAUCGUUCUCGCUGUCUAGCAAUAGAGGUGAAACUGCUCUGGUGAAGGAUUCGAAAGAGCAUUGCACAGGCGUGUCGCGAUCUAUCUCUGCACCCUCAUUUCCGACCUCGAAGCCUGGCAAAGUACUUAUACUGCUUCCCAAGCAUGUUUGACUCACGAUCCGCAUCCCUCAUUCUCCAUGUCGUACACAGAGAGGCGCGAGGAGGAGGAAGCGCAGGAGCCAUGGGCCGCACCUCUUUGGACUGUUUAUGUGGAUGAAGCGGAGAAGUACGAUACUGCCUUGGUCGAAAGCUGGAUGAGUGACAUGGAUGGAAUGCUCAUUUUCGCCGGUCUCUUCUCCGGAGUCUUAACGGCCUUUAUUGGGGUCAGUUUUGGAUCAUUGUCCCCCGACUCCAGCAACACGACCAACGCACUGUUGAUCACGAUAACCCAACAAUUGGCGGCUUCGGCAACCAGCAGCGCCCAGCCGCCCUCGUUUUCCGACCCCAAUGCGUCUUUCGAGGCACCCUUCGUAUCUAUCGCCUGCAAUGCGUUGUGGAUCAUCAGUCUUGGCUUCAGUUUGACGUGUGCACUGCUCGCUACGCUUGUGCAACAGUGGUCUCGCGAAUUCCUUCACAAAACAUCGAUGUAUUCAGCGCCUCUCGUCCGAGCGAGAAUCUUCUCGUUUCUGUACUACGGGCUGCGCUCUUUCAGGAUGCAUAUAGUGGUGGAGGUCCUCCCUCUGCUCUUGCACGCAUCCAUGCUCUUUUUCUUCGCCGGUCUCGUGGCUUUCUCUCUGCCCGUGUGCAUGCCAAUCGCGUGGAUCGCAGUUGUCAUGCUAGGAGUGGUUUCUCUGGUCUAUGCUGCAUUGACUAUUGUCCCACUCGUCCGUCUGGAUUGUCCGUACAGGACGCCUCUCUCUCGCUAUCUGUGGGGUCUUUUCCAUGGCUUACACUCCCAUUGGCGUCGACUGGAGGCACUUUCAGAAAAAAUAUCCACAGGCUGCCCUCCAUCAGGUCAAACCUACCCGGAGUCCGCCGAUGGCGACAAAAUUGCUGCGCGCGAGAUCGCCCAUCCCUCGGUUCACGACAGCGGUGUGGACAUAGAUGAACAUCUUCCUACGAUGCCUGAAAGCAACUCAACUGUAUCGUUUCCUGAACCUCAUCCGGGGAUGUCUGCGAUCAAUCUCAAUGAAGCAGAAGACUUGUUUGCUCCGGAUAUCGAAUCGCAUUCGACCUGCUUCUACUCGAACGUUCCAACCGAACCUUUGACACGCGGCCUUUUAGACAUGGACGAUGUGCGCUACGACUCCACAUUCCGGCCGGCCGGCUUCCAACCCAUGGCACGUUCGAUCCACGCUGCGAUCCGCAGCCUCUUCUCUAGCUGGCAGAACGUCGUGCAGAUCGGGAAACGUCGCGAGGAGGCCGUACUCCCCACUGUUCUGUCUAUCGAGACGAUGCCCAAGGCCAUCACACGUGCUGCAAUGGUUCGGACCACGGAGCAGUGCUCAAGAGAUUAUCGGGCGCUAGUCUGGAACUUGAACGCCCUGAUUGAGCAUGCCGAGCUCCAGCCCUUCGUCGAAGCUAUUCCCGACCUCGUGUGGGCCUCGGACACGCGCAGAAGAUCUGUCUAUGAUCGACACAUCAGAGAGCUAUCGCUGGAUCCUCACGUGCGGUUGGUGAAGCGGAUCUCAGGGCUGUUCGAGAGCUGCAAAUCGAGCCUGCUGGACCAGGACGAGCUCAAGCAUCGGUGGAUAGUCUGUUUGAAAGCCAUCUGCGCGAUUGGCUCGGUCUUUGCCAUGGCCGAUGAGGAACGGACGGACGGUCACAGCCGGCUGGCUCUGGAGAUGAAAGAGUUUGAGCAGGCACACGAGUUUUCCGCUUGUUGGAAAGGCGGAGCUGACAUCGAAGCUGUUUCUAUCUCUGCGCGAGCCAUGAUGCGCUGGGCGCGGCUGUGCAUCCUGCAGACUGAACUGUGCGCUCGGGAAAGCGAGCUCCGCCGCAAGCAGGAACUCGGCCACGGAUUAGACAUCAUCUCCCCGUACGCGUCGGAGCUGUACGAGCUCUAUUGCGAUUUCAUACAAGUAUCGCAUGGAGAUGAGCGGUAUCACCCACCUUUUCCCGGAGGCGGCGAUCUCACAGAGCAGCACCUGAACAUGAUCUCAGCGCUCGGCAAGACUGCGCCAUACAUGAUUAUGUUGGACUACCUGUCCGCAUCGGCUCUGCUGCCCGUCGAACCUUAUCGUCGAAAGGAUGUGGCCUGCCUGCUCGAUGUCGACACGAGCAUAGAGCUCGAGACAAUCCAGGGAUCAGUCGAAUUCCAGCUCGACCAUGUUGCUUCCAGUGCGUUUGGGAAGGCGAAUAGCCCGACGAACAUAGAUACGGUUUGGUUCGAUGAAAGCCUGAUGAAGCUGCUGCACCUCUGGAAGCCGUCUCUCACCCUUCCGAUGCCGAUCUCCUCCGGCAUAAUCACCCUCCUGAAUUUGGAUCUGGAUGAUCCCAACUCAAUCAUCGUCAAGGUUCUCCGUGCAGACAAGACAUUCGAACGCCGUCUCUGGUCGGGCUUCGUCGAAUCUCUUUCGGUCCAAGUCUGGGUGUCGGAAAGCAUCUUGACUGCGUUGUGGAGUCUCGCAUCGUGGAUAUUUUGUCGAAGUGGAUGCGACGAGACCUGGGGCAUCUGCCAUUCGAUCAUUCCCAUUCUCAAAAUGAAUAUUUUGGAUGCGAUCACGCUCGAAUCGGAGGAUGGCUCAAGCGAGAAGGUCUUGAAUCACAGAAUCUUCCCGAAGGACACCGCAGUCUCUCUGCCAGACAUGACAGCCAAUGACCACAACAUGCAGUCGCUCUAUGUUUAUCCUGAACUCUGUCGCUGCCUGGCCGGCCGCAAAAUGGAAGCCAGGAUGUCCAUCAUUGCCGAAUUCCUCGAGCGAUGCGCGACUAAUACACGGUUCCACAAGCGGCUGGAGACGUACCAAAUGCUCAGCGGCGGGUUCCAGACAAUUCCUCGUGCACGUAUCCAUCCGAAUAUCCAACGUCGUCUGGCCAGCGCCAUCAACCAGAUCUACGCUGUCGGCGGAGAUCUCAUGCGUGGGAUAGUCACAUCCGACUGGUGGGAUGUGUAUGCUGGAGACGAGGACAAGAUGCCCUGCGGCUCAUUUGCCAUCGAUCUGGAGCAAGGCAAAACACUGCUUGUUGACGUGGGCAUGUUCUCGAAACGGACGUCAUGGAUCGACGAUGGGGCAGCAUGGAGAAGUUUGCAGGGCACUUUCCGGACGUACGUCGGCUUGAAUCUAAGCCAGGCCGAGAACAAGGACGAGGAUGGCGAUAUGAUUUCGAAGAGGGUCAAAGCAAUCCUCGCAGGACUAGAUAAAUCACGCCCUUCGGAUGGCGAAUCGGAGGCUGGACCCGUUCCCGGAGAGUGGUAG